UUGAGAAAUGUAAUAGUUAAGCGUGUGGAAGGGGCCAGUCGGCAAUAAAAUGGAAUCUCGAAUUUUCAUUUCCAACACCAGAAAUUUUAAAUUAGUCAUAUAAAUAGUAAUUUUUUGCUGCAUAAUAAUAAUAAUAAUAAUCGCAGCGAAAGAAAAAUAGAAUUGAAAUUCGCCGACUUCGAUUGGACUCUUUCUCACAAAGAAAAAACAAAAAAUCGGCAUUAAUUUUGGAGUUGCAUGAGCAUUCUUCUGCGGAGGUUGUCGAAAUCAUCAUCAAUUUUACUCUCCAAAAUGGCGGAGGAGAUCGCCUCAUCCACCACCGCCGGCGCCGCCGUCGCCGUCGCGGCGAAGAAACGCUCGCUCUGGCCAUCCCUACUCCGCUGGAUACCCACUUCCACCGACCACAUCAUCGCCGCUGAAAAACGCCUCCUCUCUAUCCUCAAGACUCCGUAUCGCCAGGAGCAGGUUAAUAUCGGAUCGGGGCCGCCCGGUUCGAAAACCCGGUGGUUUAGGUCAACGAGCGAUGAACCCAGGUUUAUCAAUACGGUGACGUUUGACAGCAAAGAGGGAUCACCGACGCUAGUUAUGGUGCACGGUUAUGGUGCUUCUCAAGGCUUCUUUUUCCGCAAUUUUGACGCGCUUGCUAAGCAUUUCAAAGUUAUUGCGAUUGAUCAGCUUGGUUGGGGUGGAUCCAGUAGACCAGAUUUCACAUGUCAAAGCACUGAAGAAACCGAGGCUUGGUUCAUCGAUUCAUUUGAGGAAUGGCGCAAGGCCCAAAAUCUUACCAACUUCAUUUUACUUGGACAUUCGUUUGGUGGAUAUGUGGCUUCUAAAUAUGCACUAAAGCACCCUGAGCACAUUCGGCAGUUGAUUUUAGUAGGACCAGCUGGAUUUUCUUCAGAAGAACAACAUAUGUCCGAGCGGCUUACUCAAUUUAAAGCAACAUGGAAAGGUGCCGUUAUAAAUCAUCUAUGGGAGUCUAAUUUUACCCCGCAAAAGAUAAUAAGGGGUUUAGGUCCUUUGGGUCCAAAUAUUGUUCGGAAAUAUACAAGUGCUCGAUUUGGCUCCUAUUCUACUGGAGAAGUGUUGACCGAGGACGAAUCUAAGUUAUUUACAGAUUAUGUGUAUCAUACUCUAGCGGCUAAAGCAAGUGGAGAGUUGUGCUUGAAGCAUAUCUUCUCCUUUGGGGCUUUUGCUCGGAUGCCACUUUUGCAUUGUGCAUCUGAUUGGAAAGUACCAACAACAUUCAUAUACGGUUUUCAAGAUUGGAUGGAUUACACUGGAGCACAAGAAGCUCGCAAACAAAUGAAAGUUCCAUGCGAGAUUAUAAGGGUUCCUCAGGGUGGUCAUUUCGUAUUCAUCGACAAUCCAGCCGCAUUCCAUUCUGCUGUACAUUAUGCCUGCCACAAGUUACUCUCACCCGACGGUGAGAGUGAGUCUCUACCCGAAGGCCUCGAAUCCGUCUAAAUAACUCCCCCAAGUAUUGUAUAUCAAAGUCAAUAAGAUAGAAUGAAAUAAAUAGUGUUAAAUAUAGUUGAUUUUUUUAAUUUUUUUUCUGGAAUCUUCUUGAUGAAAUUUUCGAUAAAUGAAAGGAGGAGGUUUAAGAGCCGUUGGCAAAAAACAUUCGGGAUGUAUACAACGUAAAUUUUACAGAACUAGCUGUGUGAAUGUGAUCAUAUAUUGAUAGCUUUAGAAAGUUAUUUCCAUUGUUUACCCUUCUCAGAUUGAUAUAUAUUCAAGUUCAUCAAA